CCGCUUACCAAAAUUAAAAAAAUUCUUCUCCCUUACCAAUUUUGAAGCUGCAGAGUCCAUACAUGACUCAUUCUCGAGCUUUGCAUCUCAAUUUUGAGCACAUUCACCGGAGUAGCAAGUGGUAGCGAUGGCGAGCAACGACGAUGCAUCCCUUGCCAGAAAAUCCAUGGUGUUCUUGAGGAGGACGAAGAAUGCAAUUGCCCGGAAAGGUCAAUGUGUUGGCGAGGCACAAGCGGCAGGCCUUGGGGAAAAUGCUAAUGAUGUUAAUGAACAAGUUGACAUCUAUUCUAAUAGACUACCUGCUGGGAAUGGUGGAAGGGCAGUGAAGGUCAGUGGGGGUAAGGGUUCAAGAUCAAUGUCGUUUGCAACACCAAUUCGCCGUAGUGAUCGAUUGAGGAACGUGAGAUGGAGGAUUGAAAGAAUCAAUAAGCCUGUGCGCAUGGAGAUUGAUGAUGAUAGUGACAGUAACUUGGAUGAUCAGGAAAGUGAAGAUGGCAAUAAUGGAAUGGAUGUUGAAGAUGAGGAUGGAGCUUCUAAGGAUGAAGAAGGAUCUGAUGAUGCUGUUGAGACUGGUAAUGAUGCACCUGCAGCAUCUGAUGAUGAUGGUGAGACUGAUAAUGAUGCAGAUGAGGAUGAUGAAGCUGAUACAAAGGGGGACACAGGAAGUGAACAUAGCAAUGCUAUUGAAGUCUGUCACAUGCCUAUUAAAAGUGAAGGAAAGAGGAAAAGGAGAGGUUAUUGGCUGGUGAAGAAUUUUGAUGCUCAGAGGAGUAGUUUGGUGCUUCCGGAUGGUAUGAAGUUGCACAUGACAGCCUUCGAUGUGCAUUCUGUACUUGGUUUGCCGUAUGGUGGGGUCAAGAUUGAGAAUAACAAGAGAAACAGGGACACUGAUUUAUUGAAAGAGUGGAGGAUGAAGUUUGGGAAGUGUAAUAACAGAAUAACCCCAACGGAGUUGGCUGAUGAGAUGCUUGGGUGUAAGGAGGGAGGUGAAUGGUUUGUUAGACAUUUUGUGUUGUUGGUGAUGUCGGUUUUGGUCGAUGGUACGUCACAUGGUUAUGUUAACAGUUUGGUCCUUGACCACUUGAGAGAUGUGGGCAGAGUGAAAAGGUUAAAUUGGUCACACUAUGUGCUAGAAAAGUUGAUCGACAACACGAUGAAGUGGGAGAAGAGUCCCGAGAGGUAUUUUUGUGGACCAUUCGUUUUGUUGUUGGUGCUUGUGAGGAGAUUUGCAGCCAAAAGCAAGAUCCUAGCAAGCACAAUAAUUGACAUGAUCAAAAUGCUUCAGGAGGCACCAAGAGAAAUGUUUGUCGAUGAAAAAUUUUGUAAAUUAAGAGGUUUAGGACACCGGCUGAUGGGAGUGGAUGACAAGAAAGAUGUGGUUCUUGACGCGUCAUCUAAAUGGAAAGAUAUUCAUUAUUUAGAUGAUGAUCCAUACUGGAGCAGCCCUGAAUUGAUGGCCAUUGCAAAAGAAAUGGAGAGUGCUGUGGAGGUGAAGUCUAAGUAUCAGGAUUUUUUGAGUGAUGUGCCGUCUUUCUCCCUCGGAGUGACUCAAAUACUAGAGGAGAUGGGUAGUGAUGAGGCAUACAAUGCUGAGGAUGCAAGAGGGAGUGAGAAUAGAGAAAGGGAGAUGAUGGUGGUUUCCCGUGUUUGUGGACAGGUUGCUGAGAAUUCUAAGGAAACAGAUGUUGGGGAAAGAGAAGAAGGGAAUGAAGGAAUGCAUGGGGUGGAACAACAGGUUGGUGACUUUGUGGUGGAGGCAGAGCUUUGUAACAAGGAGAAACUGAAUAUUGGAAUUCAGCAGAAUGUUGAGCAAGUUGGUGUAAAAGAGGUGGAUGCACCAGUCAGUGAUAGAGGGGAAGGACCUCAUGGAGUUCAGAUAUUUAUCCCAGUCAUGCAAUUGAAGUGGUGCUAUUGUGUUUGUGUAAACACGAAGGGCAGCAGGCUGGAAGUGUUGGACCUCUCUUCAUCAUGCACAAGAGCCGACGACAAAUACGAGGACAUGCCUGCUAAGCUGAACGAGGGGAUGGAAGGAAAGCUGAGAAAGCUAAGUACACAGCGGCCAACGCGGCUUAAAAUGCAUUGGAGGGAGCCCACGUCCAUACAUGAGUACGGUGUUGCAACUAUGCGCCAUAUGGAGACAUACAUGGGGCUUGCAGUAAAAGGAUGGGACUGUGGUUUGAGCAGGGAAGAUCGGAGAGCCUUUAAUGCAUUGCGUUCAAAGUACUAUGCUUGCAUCGUUUUGGCGGAGGUCAAUGAGAUGAAGGAGGAAAAUAUGACCAAGGCAAAGAAUUUCGUGGCAGCUUGAUGUUGGAAACCAAACAUUAUUUAACAUUUGCAGCAUCGUCUUUGGUGUUUUUGCACACCGUUUUUUUGUUUUUUGGAAUUGGGUUUUUUAAUUGUAUUAUGGUUUUAUCUUGUUUUCAACACUAAUAUCGUCGAUAUGAAUGAUCAGUUGGUGAUAGAUAGUUUUGAUCGAUUUUGGGGAUUGAUUGUUUCGGUAAGAUGGUAAUGGAAUUAUUUGCAUUUUAAUUAGGAAUGGUUUAGGUCGUGUGUUUUUGAUGACUUGUUUGUACAUUAAGUAUUAACCAGUGUUAAAUAAGGUUUGGGUGGGAUG